AUGCGCGACUCUACGGUCUGCUACACCAUCAGCAACGACUUCGUCAGCUCCUCGAACCAAUACGUUCCCUGCGGCGGCAGCUCGUCAGGCGUUGCGCAAUCAUGCUGCAACGUAGGAGACUACUGCCUCGAAGACGGCAUAUGUCGAUAUACGCAUCGCGGCGUGGUCAACGGUACCGGCUACUACAUGGCCGGCUGCACCGACUCGAGCUGGUCCAACCCAGCAUGCCCGAAGCAAUGCGCCUCCGAGUACAGCAGCGACAUCAUCUACGACAUGGCGGCCUCGAACUGGAAAUGCUGCGAUAGCGCAAAGGGCCACCUGAACUGCCAACAACCUUCCGACCUCGUGGUCUCCGCCCCAGCACCUUCAGACCUCAGCACAAUACUCCAGCUUUCAACCUCUGCGCCGCCAUUCAUAGCAACCACCGCAAUCGGCGCAGUCACAAUCUCUCACUCCGCCAUCCCGACCCCAAACCUUAAAGCAGCCGCCACAUCCUCAAGCAUACCCACUUCCAUGUCAGCCUCUACACCCCUCUCCACAGGCGCCAAAGCCGGCAUCGGCAUCGGCGUCAUCAUCGGCUUCGCCCUCUUAUUCGGCGGCGGCUACCUCUUCUACCAACGCAACAAACGCAGGCACGAGCGCUUCCAGCCCUUCGCCGAGACCUCUGAGAGCCUGCACAGCAAGUCAGGCAUUACGCUGACCACUACCACGCAAUCAAACUCCGGAUCCGGUACGGACACGCGACGGCAGACGUUCGCUUCCCGCACCACUGCGGCAGUUACGGGGAGCUACAACACCAACCGCAGCACCUACGCCAGCUCGUACUGGACCUCCAACCCCGCCUCCCCAACCCGCAACACAACCAGCACCAUCCCACCCUUACCAGAAGGCGCAGACGGCAUCCAAGUCGUCAAACAACUCCCCUCCACCCCCGGCCCUGAAGUCGGCGGCAUGCUGAGCGAGAAGAUCGCGGUCGAAGAGGAAGAAGAGAAAUACGCGGGGCCGUAUGAGAUGAACGAUGAAGAGUACGAGUUGCAUGCUAGGAGGCAGAAUAUGUCGGAGUUAGAGGGGACGGUGGUGGCGAGGGCGGAGCUGGAUGCGGUUAGUAGGAGGAGUGUUAGUUCGGCGGGGCAAGAAGAGAUGGUGGGGGUAGAGGGAGAGAGGACUGUGAGUAGGGAUGAGGGGGAGGUGUUGCCUGGGACGCGGUAUGGGGAUAGCAGUGAGGAGGGGGACAAGUGA